AGGAAGAGGAGGAGAGGAAGCAGCGAGGCAGUUCCUUUGAGAACGAAGGCGAACCAGCAGCGACUGCAGCCGCCGCCUCUCCCUCCUUGGCGCGCUCCCCGCGACGGUGGCAGCCGAUGAAGGAGCCGGCGGGCGGCCGCCUGGAGCCCCUGCCUCGCCCCCUCCUCCUCCUUCUCCUCCUCCUCCUCCUCCAGGGCGGGAUGGGAGCGCAAUGAGCCCAGAGCCGGAACCACCGCCGCCACCUCCACCUCCACCGGCUCUCCUUCCUCUGCCUGCGCCGGCAGCCCCGGAGGUGGUGGCCCUGACCGUGGCGGCGGUGGUCGACGGCGAAGCGGCGGCGGCGGCGGCAGGAGCCAAGAAGUGCGGCAGCCGCAUCAUGCUGGUGAGGCGGGUGGGCCUCAAGCCCGUCGGAGGCGCCGCUGCGCAAGGUAUUGGCCGACCAAGUGUGUACCAUGCUGUUAUUGUCAUCUUCCUUGAAUUCUUCGCUUGGGGCCUGCUCACAACACCCAUGCUUACAGUUUUACGUGAAACUUUUCCUCAGCAUACAUUUCUAAUGAAUGGCCUCAUCCAGGGAGUUAAGGGUUUUUUAUCCUUCAUGAGUGCUCCACUUAUAGGUGCUCUGUCUGAUGUCUGGGGAAGAAAGUCAUUCCUUCUGGUUACAGUUUUCUUUACUUGUGUACCAAUUCCAUUAAUGAAGAUAAGUCCAUGGUGGUAUUUCGCUAUGAUUUCUGUAUCUGGGAUUUUUGCUGUUACCUUCUCUGUGAUAUUUGCAUAUGUAGCAGACAUAACACAAGAACAUGAAAGAAGCACGGCAUAUGGACUGGUCUCUGCCACAUUUGCAGCAAGUUUGGUAACUAGUCCAGCUAUUGGAGCACACCUCUCUACCCUCUAUGGUGAUAAUUUGGUGGUAUUAAUAGCAACAGUUGUAGCUGUUGUGGACAUCUGUUUCAUUCUGCUGGCUGUACCAGAAUCUCUACCAGAAAAAAUGAGACCACCUUCAUGGGGAGCCCUUAUAUCAUGGGAACAAGCAGAUCCUUUUGCAUCAUUGAGAAAAGUUGGGAAGGAUUCCACAAUCUUGCUGACUUGCAUUACCGUCUUUCUUUCGUACCUGCCUGAGGCUGGCCAGUAUUCUAGCUUUUUUCUGUAUUUGAGACAAGUGAUAAAAUUUGAAUAUGCUAGCAUUGCAGCAUUCAUAGCAGUUAUUGGAAUUCUGUCUAUAGUUGCUCAGACUAUUUUUCUCAGUAUCCUGAUGCGGUCUAUAGGGAAUAAAAAUACAGUACUCCUUGGCCUUGGUUUUCAGAUGUUCCAGCUGGCCUGGUAUGGUUUUGGUUCUCAACCCUGGAUGAUGUGGGCAGCAGGAGCUGUAGCAGCCAUGUCAAGUAUUACAUUUCCAGCAAUCAGUGCUCUCGUGUCCCGAAAUGCAGACUCAGACCAACAAGGAGUUGUCCAGGGAAUAAUAACUGGAAUCAGAGGCCUUUGCAAUGGUCUUGGCCCUGCUCUUUAUGGCUUUAUAUUUUUCCUAUUCCAUGUGGAACUUAAUGAGUUGGCACCUGUUCAAGAUAAAACGACUAUGCAGGAUCCAAGUGAUGAAAGUUCAAUUAUACCUGGCCCGCCUUUCCUAUUCGGAGCAUGUGCAGUCCUUCUAGCUUUUCUGGUUGCCUUAUUUAUCCCUGAGCACAGUAAAGCCAGCAGUUCCAGGAAGCACAGCAACAGCAUCAGCAGUAUCCAGAGCAACAACCCAGAUCGAGGCAGUGAUGAGGACAUUGAGCCACUGCUGCAAGAUAGCAGCGUAUGAGAGCUAGACUUUGCUAAUGUUAAUAUUGACUGCAAGCAAGCAAAAUCCAUGCACUGAGCUCUGAAUUCAGAGCAUAACUUUACUGGAGUGAGAUUUUGACUCGUCAGAAGCUUUGCACAUUUCACAUUGUGUAAGUGGGCAUUGAUGUCCAAUUUGGGCGGAUUUCAGCCACUUACUGUGUUUUUGUUUUUUGUUUUGUAUAACAGUCCAAAGUAGUUAUUUUUGUGUAUCUGUGCAAAUCCAAUCAAGCCCAAUACUGAACUUGGAAUUAUGGAAUACAUUAUCUUGGAAAAUACCUUAACACACAUUUGAACACUGAGCACCUAAAUUCACUGUGAACAGACCACAGCCCCUGCAAGAAAUAGCAAGUAGUCAAGUUUUUCCAUUAUGCCUUUCCAUUGGAUAUGUACUCCUUUGUAGCCCUCUUGGGUUUGGGAAAAUAUUAUAUACAAGUAAAUGUUACUGAUAGAAAAAGGUCAUUAGGAAAUCUCUCCAUUAUCUUACUUAUCAUGUUGUCUUGAUGAAUUGAUAUUGCAUAACUAGUUAGUGAUGAGUGUUGCAGGAGAACUUCAGCCACUGAAAUAGAGGUUAUUUACAAGUUUUUCAACUCUUAUGCCCAAAGACUCUUAACUUACUAUGUGCAAAAAGGGCUCCAUUUGGAAUCUAAAAUGAGCAAAAACAAUUCUUUACUGAUGGAAGGCAUUAGUUGUUCACUGAACUAGCUAGCAUCUCCUGCGUGGCCAGUUCUAACACAGAAACUAAUUAACUGGAUGCUGAGGCAAUUUACAUUGACAUGUGUGUAUUUACUGCAUCAUCUGUCACUGAUCUGCCAUAUGAAGCACUUCCAAACCUGUUAAUUUUACUCCUGCCGUCAUAUCAAUUUCUGAAGAAUCUCUUAGAAUUACGAUUAUGAAAUGCUUCUCCAAAAGAGGCUUUAAAAGAUGGUUUAGUUUCUACACCGUAUCAAGCUAUAAUUUUUAGAGGCAUUUUAUGAAAUUGCACAGAUUUCUAUGUAUUUUGCUGCAGUGGAAAAGGAUCAUUACACAACAGUCUAACAAAGUACUCUUAUGAAUGUUUUAUAUGUACUGAAAUAUAUGUAGAUAUUUGUAAGAAGUUUUACUUUUUCCAGAUGAGAUAAUGUGUAAAUCUUGUAUUUAUAAAUGUAAUGAGGGUGUUGACAGAUAUACAGCUUUUAUAAAGGAUUGUGUAAUGACUGACCAAAAUUUAAAUAUAUAUAUAUAUAUAUAUUUUGAAACUUGUUCCGCCUUAAGCAAAGAUAUCAAACCUUUUGUACUAUGCAGUUUGGUUUUUAAGUUAAUAAGCUUCCUAAUGCAUAAUAAAUUUGCAACCUAUAUUA